GCAAAAUUUUUUAUUAUCACUUUUUUUUUUAAUAUUUGCUUUCGCCCACAUUAGAUUAGGUAGAUUAUGCGGCCAUUCAACAUUAUCUGAUCUUAGCAACGCAUCCGAUCGAAGCUAAUGCACCCGCUGGCCUCAAGAAUAUCGAAUCGCAUGCAUUGGCGUCGCUCUGCUUUCUAUUCGGAUUUUGUGUUCGGCUGGAAAUUUAGGAAAUGUAAUUUAGUUUUUAAUUUCAAUACGAUUUUUAUAGUCUUAUUCAGUUGUCUUUUACCACUUCGUUAGCAUCAAUAGUUUUAGAGUAGGGAAAUAUAAAAAGCGAAACGCAUUCAAUCAUUUGGGCCCGACACAGUAGGACAAGGUGAAGGACGGAAGUAUAUAUUUAUAUAUCUUAGAUAUUUAGGAUUAUACGAGGGUACUAUAGCUUGGGUAGGCAUAUAUAUAUGUGUAUAUAUAUAUAGAUAUAUAGAUAUCUGUCUAGAGGGUAUUUGAGCUAUGGCGCCGCUUGGACCACGAGCGACAAACGUGGUUUACACACGGAACUCGAAGCAGUGGUCCCGCAACGAGAUUAUAUCAUGGAUCAAUAGCACCAUAAACAGCGAGGUGCAGAAGAUCGAGGAGCUGUGCACUGGGGCCGCCUACUGCAGCCUGAUGGACAUCCUGUUCCCGGGCCUCGUCCGCCUGCACAAGGUGAAGUUCGUCUGCAACCAGCCGACUGAGUACAUCGAGAACUUUCGCGUGCUCCAGCAGAGCUUCAAUGCUGUCCACGUGAACACGCCCAUCGACAUAGAGUUGCUGGUGAAGGGCCGGUUCCAGGACAACUACGCCUUCGCCCAGUGGUUCAAGCUCUUCUACGAGAUCAACUUUGACGAGCUGCCCGCCAACUACGAUCCGCUAGAGGCGCGCGGCUAUAUGCCCAUCGCCAUCGGUCAGGCCAGUCUGUACAGCGCGACUCGCGCCCGCUCCGUCUCGCCAUACAAGCAGUACGAGCCGAGGCUGGCCAAGCUGUCGCGCAGCAAAACGCUCCUGAUGGACCCCGACAGCGAUGGCGCUUCGACCAAACAGCUGGCGCCGUACCGCCGACAGCAUUGCGCUCAGCCGGAAUCGGCGCGCGGAACUCGAACCACGCCAAGGGUGCAGCGCAGCAGCUCGAAGCUAUCCGCAGCUCCGUUUCGAGUGCACCAAGCUGUGCCGAGACGAGGCCAGGCUGCUACGGCGGCAAGAAACGAGCAGCCGCCGGGCGCCGUGCGGGUACAGCCGAUUAUGCCGCGGACCGCCACGGCCAGACUGCAGGCGCGUCAAGCGAAAGAUGUUUGCUUGCCGAGGCAGCCGAAGAUGCGCCCGGUUGUGCAGCGUUCGCAUUCGCUUCUGGAGUCGGCAACGGAAUUGCUGGUGCCGCGCAUCAAGAAUCUGCCAUAUCUUAUACUGCCCAUACCCGGCUCACUGUCGCCGCGCAGCGACCUUACUUUCGUGAGACAGGUGGACAGGUCGGACAGGAACCAGAAGGUUGAGGAGAAUAAGGAGGGAACGUCAAGCAAGGGGCCGCAAACCUCGAAAUUCUUUCGCCUUUUGGAGAUCUUCAUGCCGAAGAAGACUCCAGGCGCCGAGAAGAGUUAGUAAGCAGCAGACGGGCAGCUGGCGGAUCGGUUUUUGGGUGAGGUGUGGUUACAUCGCACCCUGACAAAGGGGCCACACAACAGCAAACAACCCGCCCACCCGGACAAGAUGCCGCUGCACACGAUCCUGCAAGUUUCACCUACACGGCGUUGAAAAUAAAUAGACUUUUCAGAUGCUUAAA